GGUUGCAUUCAAAUGGUAAAGAUUUGAAGUGGCCCCACACCGUAUCUCACACGGGGUAUUUUCACGGGAAUACCCACGGUAAGUUGAUCAUUUCUAAUGCAAAAAAUUCACAGAAAAACACUUACCUGUGCAAAAAAGUCUUUGUUGUUCAAUUUUAAGUUUUCUUCUGUACGAUUUUGGAUUAGUAGCUCUGUGUCUGUGACUUGUAUGUCUGACUUGAUUUCCCUAUGCAAAUUCCCUUUUACGCGCCUUAAACUUAGAUUACCAGUUUCUCUUAAUUUGGUGAUAAAUGGUGUCUGUUGUUGUUUUUCACAAUUGCAUUUAUUUGGUUACUUGAGUGUGCUGGCUUUAACUUUUCUCUAGCGUAAAUCAAUUGGUAGCGGCCAGACAACUAUAGGGAUGUGGUUCUCGCAGAUAACGAGUUUAAUACAGUUCCAAUUUGUCUACUAAGUCUACUAACGACAUCUCACAUAUAUAGUGCAUUUCAUCAGUAUUGGUGCUGGUAUGUGUGUGUUGCAUGUGGUUUCAAGUUAAGGAACAUGGUAUUGUUACCGGAUUAUGAAAGGAAAUGAUGAAUUCUGUGGGUGUCUUUGAAAUGGAUACGAUUAAGGUAAGCCAUUUGGAGUCACAUUAGUGUUAUAUUAUGGUUCUUUAAUGGGACAUUUUAGCCGUAUCUACUCUAUGGGCUCUUCCAUAUAUUAUCAACAAUUUUCUUCAUGUCUCUUUGCACGUCUCUUUGCAUGUUUGAAAUAGUGAUACUAGUGAUUUACUUGUCUAAGAUAUCCUUUUGCCCUACUAUGCCGAAACUGUUACUGAAAUGCAGUUGCCUGUGCAAAAAAUAUGAAAAGUGUUCAUGUUUUGUUUUAAGUUUUCUCAUGUACAGUAGUCUUGGUCAUUGUUUGAUAAGUUCUCCGUCUCACUGUACAAUUUUAGAUAAUUGGAUAAGUAGCACUAUGACAUACAGUAGUAGUAGUAGUAGGGUGAUCUUUGGAACAUGACCUUAUGUUCGGCUUGUAUUCCGACUUGGUUUCCUUAUGCAAAUUCCCUUUAAUGAGCCUGUUGCUAAUAUCCUCUGCACAUUUGUUUUCUAGGCUAGUUGGUGGCUGUUAAGGUACUGUCAUAUUUCUUUGCUUGUUUGUGUUAAAUUGAGAAACGGAGCUGCCUGGUGUGUUUGAGAUAUAUUAGGUUAAAAGAGCGACGGGCUAUGCUUGUUAUCUCAUUCUGACUAAUCAGUAGCUGUUAAUUGCUUAUGUAUAACUUUGAUUGGGCUACUAGAUUGUUGAGUGUUGACAUUGUUUCUAGCGGAUGCCCAUUAUGCAAAAUGAGAAUGAUUUAGACUUGGUAGGUCAAGUAGGUUGAAUGAGUCAGCUGUGUAUAACUUUGAUUUUUGUUGAGUCUGUACGAGUAUGGUCUGAGUUAACAUAGAUUGUUGGGAGAGUGUACAGUAGCGGCUAAAUUCAGUUCUUGCUGUUGCUGAGGACUGGCUCUCUGCAGUGCCAACAAUUUUGGUGACUUAAUCUGCAGACAUAGCAUUAUGAUUAAUAGGUUUCACACUAUGUAUUCUCAAAUUAUUAGACUGCUGUUAUAUUGUAGUUGUUAGGGUUAGAUGUGUUGGAGAGCCUCGUUUUGGACAUUUUGAAUUCACUUUAUUUGGUACAUAUCUGAUCCAUGCAAACUUUUUUUAAAAUGAGUUGAUGUGGUGGCCUGCGCCUGUGGGAUUGUGAGUUGGUAGAAACUUCAUUUUUCAGUCCAAAGCUGAACAUUUUAGAAGGUUAUGUAAUUGUGAAUGGAUGGAAUAGUCCUGCAUUUCUCAACCCGAGUGUUGUAUUUUUCUGAUCAAUGAAAUUCUUUUUUCCUAACCAAAAAAAGAUGAAAAGAAAUACAGUAGAAUGAGUAGUUUAUAAAUUUGACCUUUGAUUCUGUACUGCAAGUUGUAUAAGAUCUUGAUAGUCAUAUCAUGUACUAGGAGUGGUAAAGAACUAUCAAACGCGCACGGCAUGAACUAGGAGGUUGAUGAAAUUCUUUUUCCUGACCAGAAAAAGAAAGAAAAAGGAGAAAGGAAGUGGUUUAUCUUUAUACAUUUGAGUCCAGUCUGAACUGUAAGUUGGAUAUGCUAAUGGGUAUUGAUAUCAUGUACCGGAAGUGGUUAAGAAUUGUCAAACGUGCACAACUACAAAGCUCAUUGUUAAGUAAUAGAGCAAGGUUCCUGGGAGUUAUUUAGAGGAAUCUUAGAAAUUGUUUUUUUUUCUUCUUCCUUUUUUAUAAUAAGUUUUAAAAAUUGUUUUUGUUUUCUUUGUUUCUUUUGAGCAAGAAGAAGUGAAUAGUGAUUGCUUAUCUUUCUGGUUUUUAGUUUAAUCAGACGACCGCAUCGAGUCUCAUGGGCAAAAUCUUCAUAUGUGAUGCAGAGAUUUGCACUUGCAGUAACUUUUGCCUUAAGGAGUUGGAUCAGACUUGAAUUCAUACAUGUGCACGUAAUUAACAAAGUCAGACUAAUGAACCCAUUGACACUCCAGUGACAGAACUAAUCAAUGCUUACUUCUAAUUAAGAAUCCUUGAAAACAUAAAACAAAUUAUAUCAUCAAGACUAAAUUACAUUAGAUCUACAAAGUCAAGAUCUAAAUAUUUUUCUAAUGAUCAUCAAUUGCAUAUAAUUUCUCUUCGUCAGUUCCAGAGUUUCCAGAUUGCAAACAAUCUCUCCCUCUUUUUCUGACAAAGUUCUCUUCCAGGGGAAGUGGUGUGUGAGUUAAGGGUAACAAAAGCAGUAGGUAGCAUUAAUCUGUAGAGCCAUGGAAAGAAGGGGAUUCAUGGCCACUGAAGGAGCCCUCGCCAACGAAAUUUGUAUAUCUGUAGAGCAACGUAGUUUUAAGUCCGGCUAUUGUUAUGAGACAACAGAAGACGGCAGGAACCACGAUUUAUAUCGACCUUUAUUAGAUGCAGCAAUGGAAAAUAAGUGGAGAUCAGUGGGAGAUUUCAUAAAAAGUCACCCCGGUUCAGUGGAAGUCCCCAUCACAGUUUGUGGAAGGACUGCAUUGCAUAUUGCAGCUGGUGCAGGACACUCAGAAUUCGUACUGAUACUGGUUAAACUCAUGUCCAUAGAAGCACUUGAACUGAAAGACAGAUACGAUGGUAAUACAGCUCUCCAUCUUGCUGUUAUUGCUGGGCUUGAUGAAGCUGUUAAAGCAAUGGUGCAAAAAGAUGAAAACUUAAAAUAUAUAUGUAACAAAAAGGGGUUGAAUCCGCUACUCAAUGCUGCUAUUCAUGUCAAUGUAGAGCAUAGAGAGAUUUUUAGAUACCUAAGCAGUGUUAUGAAAGAUGAAGAUUCAAGUUCCUUUCAAGGUCAUUUGGGAGCUCAUCUUAUAUGCAGUAUAACUCGUGCUGGUUUAUACGAAUUGGCAUAUACUCUAAUCAGUGAACACCCAAGUUUAGCAACUGCUAGAGAGGACGAUGGCAAAACUAUGCUAGAUGUUCUAGCAGAAAAGGGCUCUGCGAGAAGGCUGGCCUCUGCUCAACAAUCUGCACUGUAUUUCAAAUCAUCACCUACUCAGCAGUACAAAUUUAUCGAUAAGCCAUCUACAUUUCUUGAAAAGCUAUUGUAUCCUGGCCCCAAUUGUCGAGCUCGUCGCAGUGAACAUUUGAGAUCUUCUGUUAUUCUCCCUGAGUUGGUAAAUCUCAUUUUUGAAGAAAUGUCGCGCAUGACAAAGGAAGACAUGCAUCGUUUUUUCUUCAAUUCAAAUUUCCUACAAACCGCUGCAGAAAAUGGUGCACUUGAAAUUGUGAAGAAGUGCAUUUCAACUUAUCCGGAUCAGCUUUGGUUUCCUCACAAGGGAAGAAGCAUAUUUCAACUAGCGGCCGAGAAUAGACAAGACAAUAUUUUUGAUUUCUUGUACGAUCACAUGAACGCAGAUGAGAAGAUUUUAAUUACCCGCGUAGUGGAUUCAAAUGGCGGUAAUAUCUUACAUAUUGCUGCAAAAAUUGCGCCUCCUUUUCGACUAAAACGUAGCCCUGUUAAACAAAUACAAGGGGAGCUUAAAUGGUUUAAGAAAGUGGAGAAGAGGGUACCACCUGCAUUGAGAAAAGUGAGAAAUGAUCGAGAAGAAACUCCUCAGGAGGUUUUCACUCGGGAGCACAAAGAUUUAGUGAAAAAAGCAGAUGCAUACAUGUUACGGGUAGCGGAAUCAUGUCUAAUUGUGGCGGCUCUUGUAGCUACAGUUGCUUUUGCGGCAGCAUUCACAGUACCUGGUGGAAAUUUCAGUGACAGUGACCCAAGAAACAAAGGAAAGCCAAUAUUCCUGGGAAGGAAGUUGUUCCUCUUAUUCAUGGUGUUAGAUGCUAUUGCUCUCUUUUCUUCAGCUUACUCAAUCCAAGUGUUCUUAUCUGCAUUUGGCAGGACUCAUACGGAAGCAACAUUCGAGUCGAUAAUCCCGAUAAGGCUCAAGUACGGUCUCAUAUCUCUUAGAGUCUCAGUAGUUUGUGUGAUGAUUGUAUUUAGCAUAGCGAUUUCAAUCACACUUGGGAAUAAAUAUGUUUGGGCACCAUAUCUCAUCGGUGUGGUUGCCUGUACUUGUUGCAGUCCUUCUUUUGAAUUUGGAAAAUUCUAAUCAUCAAUUUUCAAUGAAAUGAUCAAAAGUUUACGUUCA